GGUAUUAAUCUCUUAUUCCCUUCACAAAUCCUUCAUACGCAACUCUUCUUCUUCUUCAGCUCACCCGCUCUUUGCUUCUGGUUUUCUUUUGUGGUAUAGUGUAAAUUUCAGUGAUGGAAUCAGCUUGGGUGGGUACGACCCUGGAUCUCAACAUCAACUCUUUUCAUCGUACCAACGAAGCUGUGAAGAGAGAAUCUGAUGGGAAAAUGGUCGACUCUGAUGUCAGAGUACCAGUUAAACAAGAGGCUGGAGUUUUGGUGGAGGAAUUGAACAGGGUUAGCGCCGAGAACAAGAAGCUAACCGAGAUGCUAACAGUUUUAUGCGAACACUACACCUCUUUGCAAAACAAAUACAAGGAAUUGGUGAGCAAGAACUCAGAAAAUGAAGCUGCUGCAGCAUCUUCAAAGAAGAGGAAAGCAGCCGAGUGUGAGGAUUACAGUAGCACCAUGAUUGGGUUCACUGAGAGCAGCUGUAGUGAUGAAAACUCAUGCAAAAAGCCUAAGGAGUGCAGUACGACCAAAAUUUCAACAUCUUGCGUACUCACAGAUCCUUCUGAUAACAGCCUGAUUGUGAGAGAUGGAUAUCAAUGGAGAAAAUAUGGUCAGAAGGUCACAAGAGAUAACCCCUCACCCAGGGCAUACUUCAAAUGCUCCUUCGCCCCGAGUUGCCCGGUGAAGAAGAAGGUGCAAAGAAGUGCUGAAGAUCCAUCGAUCUUGGUGGCUACUUAUCAAGGAGAACACAACCAUGCACAGGCUGCAUUAUCGUCAUUAAACCCCAUUAAUGGUGGAGCCACCAACAACCCUCGUUCAGCCGCUGUUUCUUCUUCUUCUUCUGCCCCCGCCAAAUCUUCGGCUCCCGUUGUAACUCUGGACUUGAUGAAACCAGAUGGAUGGGAUAAUGAUACCAAGAAACCUACCCAACAAGUCGAUCGACCGGCGAUUCAACAGAUUCUAGUUCAACAAAUGGCGGCUUCAUUGACUAAAGACCCAAAGUUCACAGCAGCACUAGCUGCAGCCAUUUCUGGAGAAGUGCUAGACCAGAAGUGGUGAAAUUCAACCAACUUGGGGAGAUAUCCAUACUUGUCUGGUUUGUUCUUUUUGUUGAAAUUGGUUUGAGGGAGUUAGAAUAUAACUGAUGUAAAUAGAAUAUUGAAUCUAAUAUUAAAAAACAGAAGGUAACUCUUCGCUUCU